UCAGAAGCAGCUCAGAGCGGCGAAGGCACAGAGAGAGAAAAGGAGAAAGGAAGAGAGAGAGAGGACACCGACUGACAGAGUGAUACUGGAAAGAAGUUUCGAUAACCACGAUAAAGGGAGAAUAUGGCUGUCUUGAGAAUUGUGACCACUAUAUCCCUGCUUUUCAUCCUUGCUGCGGCAUCUGAACCACAGCAUUUGCGAUUCAAACGGGGGACGAGAAGCUUAGCGUCUAAGGCUACUCAAGGACAUUGCACGAGCUCGGAUGGCUCAUUUUGGUACCUACAUGAUGAGACAUGGCUACAGAUUGUGGGACGACGGAUCAAAUACUGCCGUUGUAACUGGUCUCGGAUUCAAUGCCACAGUGUACCAGUGCGAGAUUGCACCCAGAGUAAAUGCUACAACGGAGGAAUAUGUCGCCAGGCCCUUUACUCUCAGCACUACGUAUGUAAGUGCCAAGCUGGGUACAGUGGUCAACUGUGUGAGUUUGACACCAAGGCACAGUGUUACCAGGAUCGAGGGACCGGGUAUCGAGGAACCUGGAGCCUCACCCGCUCCGGGGCAAAAUGUCUGAACUGGAAUUCAACCGCAGUGUCCCGCACUCGUUACAAUGGUCGCAGGCCAGAUGCCCACCAAAUAGGACUUGGGAAUCACAAUUACUGCAGGAACCCUGACAAUGACACAGUGCCCUGGUGCCAUGUCUACAAUGGCCACAUCCUGACCUGGGACAAGUGCAGCAUUCCUGCCUGCCCAAAGAAUCACAGCUCUGAGUGCUACACCAAAAAUGGGGCAGAUUAUCGUGGAACCAGGAGUUACUCGCAGUCUGGGAGUCGUUGUCUCAACUGGGAUUCUGAAGUGACCCGCCACAAGCAGCAUAAUGCAUGGAUACACAAUGCUCAUCGCUUGGGGCUGGGAAGCCACAGUUACUGCAGGAAUCCAGAUCAAGAUGUCAAGCCUUGGUGCCAUAUUAUGAAAGGAAGAAAAGUCACUUGGGAAUACUGCAACAUUGAGCAAUGUGCUACAUCAGCAGGUACCUGUGGGAAGAGAGAGCCCCAAGCAAUGCAGUACCGGAUCCUGGGAGGAACCACCACUGACAUCACAUCCCACCCUUGGCAAGCUGCUAUUUUUGUCUACUAUCGGAGGACAAAGGAUUAUGCCUUCCUGUGUGGAGGGAGCCUCAUUGGUUCCUGUUGGGUCCUCACAGCGGCUCACUGCUUUCCGCGCAGCUUCAAAGUGCAAGAGAUCAAAGUGAUCAUGGGGAGAACAAUCCGCAAAGAGCCAUCUGAGGAUGACCAGGUACUGGAUGUGGAAGAGUACUUUGUUCACAAGGAGUUUGAUGAAGACACUUACAAUCACGACAUUGCUCUGAUCAAACUCCAGUCGAAGAAUGGCCAAUGUGCCAAGAUGACUCGUUAUGUUCGGACAGUUUGCCUACCAUGGGAGAAGCAGCAACUGCCUGCCUGGACUAAGUGUGAGAUCUCUGGAUAUGGCAGACAAGAGGAAUAUUCUGCAUUCUUCUCUGAUCAACUGAAGGAAGGAAAUGUCCGUCUCUACCCAUCGCACCGCUGCACUUCAGCUCACCUGCACAAUCGGACAGUCACCAAAAACAUGAUCUGCGCCGGAGACACUCGGGGCCUUGAUGAUGCCUGCAAGGGAGACUCGGGAGGCCCCUUGGUCUGUCCAGUAGAGGGCCGCAUGAAUCUAUAUGGGAUCAUCAGCUGGGGAAUUGGUUGCGGGAAACCAGGAAUACCAGGCGUCUACACCAAGGUCACGAACUACCUGGACUGGAUUCGCAAACACAUGGAUGAAGCUUGAGGACCCAAGAGCAGUCUGAGACACAAUCAGCAGCCUUUGCAACCUUCCCAACCAAAGCCGAACAAUGGGAGUGUCUCCCUGCCCUCCACCCCUCGUGUAAAGAGGGGACAAUGCCUGAAGUGUUGCUCAGUGAGCAGCACUUAGCUCCCUGAAGAUUACUGGGCAGCCCAUUGCCAUUUGGGUUGAGAAAGACUCUUUAUUCCAGUACUUUCUCUUGACUGUCUAAUACUUCUGAAGCAAUUUUUCUCUGCUUGCGCUGUGGCUGGUCCCUCUGAGUUCAAAGUCUUGGGUAAGGAUCAGACUUGUCCCUUCAAAAAGCUGCUUCUUACACACACACACACACACACACACACACGUACAUUUUUAAAUGGUUUUUAAUCAUAUGAUAAUUUUAAUAGUCUUUUUAUUGGAUGGUCAAACUGGCCAUUGGUUGAGUUGCAUCCAUGCCAGGUCUGGUACCAGGCGAACUCCCCAUUUUGUUUUCCUUCUUUCUGUGUUCUCUCAGAUUUCUUUUAAACAUAUGCUUGUUCCCAUCGCUGCUUCACCCUGCUCUUAAUAAUCAGGAGACCCAUGAGUUCUUUUAUACAGCCAGUUUUGUUCUAGGAAUAAUGUGAAUUAACACCCAGUUGCUGCAUUCAAUUGGCUUUUUGUUAGCUGUUUGUAUUCUGCACUUAUUCUAUUGAAGGGUUCAGUCAAUGAUGGAGCGUUCAGAUUCUCCGUUCAAUCAUGCUCCCUUGUUAUAUUCCAUUGGAUUCAUCGCCAGGCAGUGAUAGCAACCCUUCAUUAAUACAAUGUGCAACAGUUACCUGUGAGAGCAUUUGUGUGUGCCUGUUCAUAUGAGUGAGUGAACGUGUCUGUCUGUCUAUCUGUGUUUCUGAGGGAGUGUUUGUGUGUUUAUCUGACCAAUUUUAUGCUUGAGCUGGACAUCCCAAGCCUGUGUGUCCAUUACUCUUCUUCCUUCAUUCCAAAAUAUCCCUCACACAUAAAUUUACAGAUUUGAGGAACAGGAUUGCAGUGUGGGAGGGUGUUCCAUGCGAUACCAUCUGUAACUCAGCAAAAAAAUAUAGAUGUAUGUUGAUAGCACCUUUGUGUCCUGUGACUCUCUGCACCAUAUACAUUUACAAUGUGGUGUGUUACAGUUCACUCAGGGAGUCUGAUUUUCUGUAGCGACAUAUGCAUGAUAACUGGAGCACUGGAGAUAGUGAAGGUAGAGUCUCCGUCAUUCUUUCCAUCAUAUUAUUGUUGAAGGGAUUUGCAGUUUGAUAUUCAUCUGUCUGCCUGUGUCAUGAAUGCGCAAUCCCUUGGCCACCAUGUCUUAAAAGGUGAAACUUGAGCCCAGAGCUGUGUUUCAGGGUCAGGGACACUAUCCAGUGUGCCACUAGACCUCAUCCCUUUCACAUCUACAAUAUGUUUGGGAAAAAUAAGUUUGAAAUAUUUUAAGCACUCCUUUUGUGCUAAAAUAUUUAUUAUGCUGAUAUCUUGAAUGUUGUAAGAUUUUGUUUGUUUAACUGGUUAAUGUAUGAAUGCAUUAUUUAAAGAUUUUGUAUUGCACAAUCCAUUUUUUUUAAAAAAUAAAAGUUUUAGCUAUUUGUUUAA